UCCUAUUUUAGUUCACCUCCCUGGAACCUGACAUCAUCAGUGGUGUAUGGAAUAUCUCAGUUUUCACUGGUAGUUGGGUGGGAGAGUCCACGAGAUGACGGAGGGGUGGAGAUUGACAACUACACCCCCUCUCUCUACCAGGAGGACCAGACUGUGGUCCAGACAACUACUGAGUCUCUGGAGCUACCUCUCUCACUGGACUACUCCACUGUCUACUCCAUCAUCAUCACUGCCAACAACUGUGCUGGCUCCUGGCUCCCUGUAGCUAUCUCUGACUAG